AUGGGAAACUGUUUUUCGGAUCCAUCGGCAGAUCAUAAGAAAGCAAGUCAAGGUCAGAAACUAGGAUCAGCACCCUCAAACCACAGACCACAGCAAGUGCCGGUCGCAGGUACAAACAAUCAAUCAUCGAUAUCAAAUAGGAAUAACGCACCUCCACGGACGCUGGGAGACGUAGGGGUUGGAAGUGAUGGGGAUCCGAGAGAGAGGGCUUUGAGAGCUGCUGAGGAGAGAGCGAAAGCUGCACAAACAAAAGGAGUGAACACGUCAAAUCCCAAAGCAGGUCAACUGUCAGCUAAAUUAGCCGCGGAAAAUAAGAAACCAAGUUCUCCAAACGUGAACGAUAACAGAAUGAUGGAUCGUGGAGAGUGGAAUUAA